CGCAGCAGCAGUGGCAGCGCACACCUAAUGAUCACACGCGGCAUGUCGUGGGCGUGCAGGGCGGCCGCGGCAGUGCUACUGCCGCUGCUGCUGCCGGCGCUGCUGCCGCCGGGUCUCGCUGGCGCUGGCGCUGGCGUCGGCAUUCGCGUCGCGGAGGCCAAGACCCUCGAGCGAGAUGUGUUCGGCCUGAUUGCGCUGCAUCAGGAGGUGCGUGACCGCUCGCCGGAGUGGCGCGGCGCCAUGGACAAGUGGCCGGUGCACACAUGCGACAUCAACGGCACCUGCGCCGUGGACCCCUGCGGCAAUGAAUGGGACCACGGCUGGGAAGCCAUUUCGUGCCGCUACCAGCAAAACUGGCCCGCGGACAUUCCUCGCGUCGUCACAAACAUCCACUUGCCCAAGCGCAGCCUCAUCGGCGCGCCGCCCAGGAGCGUGGUGCUGCUCGCAAACCUGACCGAGCUUGACAUGGACACCAAUGAGCUAACCGGCCCGCUGCCCACGGACUGGGCCUGCCUGCGGAACCUAAUUGAGAUUGACUUCUCCAACAACCGGCUCUCGGGCACCAUUCCGCCGCAGUGGGGCCUGCUCGACGAACUGGUGGAGAUGGAGUUCGACGGCAACCCGGGUGUGCGGGGCUGCCUGCCGCGUGGCGUGCCGCCGCGGGAGCGGCUGUGUGGCGGUUUGUUUGGAUCCAUCCCCUGCCCCACCUUCACCACGGACCGCAUGAUCGGCACGGCCACGACAGGCAGCCAGCUCACCGGGCAGUUCUGCCCGCCCUACCCCGGCGGCGACACCGCUCUUGCCGCGACGCUCAGCUGCCCUGUGGUGGCAGACUUCCGUCGUCUCAUUGUGGGCUUCUUCGAUCAGCUCGCUGCGGAGCAGGCAGCCGCUCAAGCUGAUCCAGGCGCUCCGGCACAAACGGGGAGCCCAGGGGUGGCUGUCGCUCAGGGCGCUGGUCGCGAGGGGGCCGUCGUGCCGCCAGGGUUGCUGGGAGGCGCGCUGCAGCGGGUGGCGGCGGCGCAGGGUGCAAGCGAGCCCGGUGCGGUUGGCGGCGGUGUGCCAAAGCGCUAAGUAGCCAGACAUGCCAUUUCCGGCCUAAAGGCGCUUGUCAUGGGGGGGGGGGGGGAGUUCAUCAGUGAUGUGGGGUGGCAAAUACAGUGAUCAGUUGGUUUCGUGGCCGGGAGGAUGGACGGACGUGCCCUGGCGCGCGGACAUGUCUGUGGACACGGUGCAGUAUGGAAGCUGCAAGGCUUGGCAACCUACGGGCAUAGACUCUUGGCUUACAAAUAUAGACGUGAGGUAAAACACGGCGGCCUAUUGGCCUAUUGGCGAACCGUGAACUAGUAAGCUUUGAAAUC